CAUUUUCCUUGGAGGGAUCUGGAAUAAGUUUUGCUGAUUUAUUCAGGCUCAUUGCUUUCUACUGUAUUAGCAGGGAUGUCCUUCCGUUCACCCUGAAGUUGCCUCAUGCUAUUGCUGCAGCAAAGACAGAAGCUGAACUUGAAGAGGUUGCUCAGCUUGGACUGAACUUUUGGAGCUCCCCGGCUAACGGCAAUCCCCUGGAUCCUUCACCUCCUCGUAGGCCUGUGCCUUUGGACAGUGCUUGUAAAGACUCGCGCCAGCUCUGCCUUAUAAAUGGAGUGCAUUCUAUACGAACCAGAACGCCUUCGGAGCUGGAGUGCAGCCAGACCAAUGGAGCGCUGUGUUUCAUUAAUCCUCUCUUCUUAAAAGUGCACAGCCAGGAUGUCAGUGGAAGUCUGAAAAGGCAGAGCCCAAGAACUCAAGACGUGAAUGGCACAGUGAGGCCUCGCUCCCCCCCGCCCCGGCCGCCACCACCUUCUAUUAAUAGCAUCCUCACGAGUCCACAGCUUUCCAGGGCUAUAAAGCAGGCGAGCAUGCCAGAAACGGUCAACCAUAAGAAAGAGAGAGGCUUGGAUUUGCUGCAGAAUAAACCAGCCCCUAUUCCGCCUCCUCGGCUGAAGAAGCAGGCUGUUUGCUCAGAGGUGGAAACUAGCUCAAAGACCUCAGGGGUAAUUCGACCGGUGCGUGUGCCUGAAGCUGCUGGCGUUCCAGGUGAAACUCUCCCUGAGCUGGCUCCAGCAGCUGCCAAAAAGACGGUAGUUACCAGCUCUGAGUCACACAUACCGUGGAAUGGAGGCAGGCAGAGACUGAGCGACAUGAGCAUUUCCACCUCCUCGUCCGACUCGCUGGACUUCGAUCGGAGCAUGCCACUGUUUGGCUAUGAGGGGGACACUAACAGCAGCCUGGAGGAUUUUGAGGGGGAAAGCGACCAAGAGAGCAUGGCACCCCCUUUGAAGCCCAAGAAGAAAAGAAACAGUUCGUUUGUUCUCCCCAAGAUUGUGAAAUCUCAGCUACGGAAAGUCAGUGGCGUUUUCAGUUCCUUCAUGACCCCUGAAAAGAGGAUGAUUAAGAAAAUUGCAGAGAUGUCCCAGGACAAACGCACUUAUUUUGGAUGCCUAGUGCAGGACUAUGUCAGCUUUCUCCAGGAAAACAAGGAGUGCCACGUUUCGAGCACUGAUAUGCUGCAAACAAUUCGGCAGUUCAUGACCCAAGUCAAGAACUAUUUGUCCCAAAGCUCCGAACUUGAUCCCCCAAUAGAAUCACUGAUUCCCGAGGAUCAAAUAG